AUGGCCUUCAUCAUUGGUAUCACGGCCGGAAUUAUCUUCCUCAUCGUCUUCCUCAUCUUCCUCUUCCUCAUCUCGAGAAUCAGGAUUGCAAUCGCCCUCAUUGAGGAAGGCAGCAGAGCUGUGGGGAACAUGAUCUUCACACUGAUGUGGCCAAUCGUCCCGUUUGUGCUACAACUGGCUGUCAUCACAGGCUGGGCAACUAUAGCUGUCUUCCUAGCCAGCGUUGGACGUAAUCAGAACACGUCAGCCAUUAACGUAACGUUUCCUAACGGGACCAUCGACCCUACGGCUGUUGCAGCACAGAGUGACAAUCUUUUCGAUUUGGCUUGUAAUCAAGAGAUUUUGCCAACUACCAACACCUCACUUGGAGAUUUCUGUACACAAGUGAGAUACAAUGGCGGAGAGUACACCAUCUACCUUCAGAUCUACAACUUGUUCCUGGGCUUCUGGAUGGUCAACUUUGUAGUGGCCUUUGGUCAGAUGACCUUGGCUGGAGCCUUCGCCUCUUACUACUGGGCUUGGGACAAGAAAAAGGACGUCCCCACCUUCCCCCUUCUCGGGGCAGUAUGGCGGACACUCAGAUACCAUCUAGGAACCUUGGCGUUUGGUUCGCUGAUCAUCGCCAUAGUCCAGAUGAUCCGUGUGGCGUUGGAAUACAUUGACCACAAGCUGAAAGGGACUGAAAACCCUGUGGGGAAGUUCUUCAUCAAAUGCCUAAAAUGCUGUUUCUGGUGUUUGGAGAAAUUCUUGAAAUUGCUGAAUAAAAAUGCUUACAUUCUGACUGCAGUUUAUGGCAAAAACUUUUGCUCGGCAGCUAGAAAGGCGUUUAUGCUGAUUCUAGAGAACAUAGUUCGAGUGGCAGUUGUUGACAAAGUCACGAAUUUCCUCUUGUUCAUCGCCAAGCUGGUCGUGGUUGGCGCUGUCGGUGUAAUGUCAUUUUUCUUCUUCGAUGGACGGAUAUCCUUCCUGAAGACCUACACGCCUGAUCUCAACUUCUGCUUCGUCCCUAUAAUUUAUCCUCUGUGUAGCACACUUGUCCCUAGAGCCCCUAAGGUGGACUGGAUCAUCAUCCUCGCCACGUACAUCAUCGCAUCCUGCUUCUUCAGUGUGUACGAGAUGGCGGUGGACACACUGUUCAUGUGCUUCUUGAUGGACAUAGAGAAAAACGACGGAUCCCCAGAAAAGCCUUACUUCAUGAGCAAAAACUUGAAGAAAAUCCUGGGCAAGAAGAACAAAGCUCCGCCUGCCAAUGACGAGGGAUGA